AUGAGCGCAACACGCUCGACAGUUGACGUCGCGCAGCUAUCGCGCCGAUGUCGCACGUUGGCGCGUCGUUUCAGAUUCUUCCCGAUCCGAACGUGAGUAACGAGCACACGACCGCCGACUGAAUGCCGAGUCGUUCGCGGACUCGCGAAAGUCACACCCGCCGGCGCCGAGCCGCCAGUUAAAUUUUCCGUUUUAUUUUUGUCGACCGAUAGCGAGAAAAAAAAAAAAACAACAACACGUUCGUUUCUCUUUCUAACAAUUCGCAUCUCUCUCUCGCUCACUCUCUCUCUCGUUCCGAUAACGACAACGAGUGUCGCAUCAAAACCCGAAUGCGCCGUCGGAAUCCGUCCUCAACGGUUUAUUAUUCUUUUUUUCUCGUGCCAACGUUUUUAUGUUCGCCCUCAAACGCUACGCAGGUACUUGUCAGCCAUUUAUCGGUGCCCAAUAUUCGCUCGUUUCGCGAUAACAAUCGGCUCCGGGCACAGACAAAACGCAUACUGACUGCCGAAUACACAGGCGCCUAAACCCGAAAGAGACCGUCCGGUCGGCCAGUGGCGAAACGUCCCGCACCUGCCCAACGCCGUGAUACACUACUGCUAUCUGCGUACGUUAUCUGCGAUCGUACCGCUUUUCGUUUUGGUCGAUUACGUUUUUUAAUUUCCCCUCCACUCCGCCACUCCUCAAUCAGCUAUUAUCUUGUACGGACAUCUACCUACCUAUUUUAAAUAUUGCUGUCCGACGUUCGUCAUAACGUACAAUACCACAGUAUUCUAAUGAAAUAUAGUGUAAUACCUAACAAUAGUGUUAAUAAUAAUAAUAAAACAGUAUACUUUUUUCAAACAAUUUUCCCGUAAGGGCCGUACGCCAGCAACCGAGUUGAGAGUUUCUUCACCGCGAUCGGUACCUACCCAAACUUGUGAUAUUUUAGUUUUUUUUUUUUUUUUUGAAUUUAAAUUAUUAAUUCGAGAACAUAAAUAUUGUUAUGUUUAAUGUGUACUCGUCAUUGUUUUCUGUGCAAAUUCAAUACGAUUUUUUUUUUCUAGAAUCAUACAGUUUACGUAUUUUUUUUUUAGAAUAGAUACCAACGUGGAGGAAAGUAAUGCAGUAUUGGUCAGGGUGGAGCGAAAGAGCUCUAGCCAUUACGACCAAGUUGACUCUGGAUUAUAUGGCAACAAUAGUUUUGAGGACCUUGAGAACGGUAACGUUACAGCAGUUCCUUUCAUGGACGAGACGACUUCGUUACCCCAAAAUGCUAUUCUCAUACCAUUAACUGGUACAACUCCACCGAACCAUCCGGAUGUACCAUUCGAUACCAAUGCCUGUAAGUACUUAAUUGCUUAAUUUGAUAAUAUUAUUAUACUACCAUUAUACCAACAUUAUAAUCUACAACUUUUUAUAAAUUCCAAUCAAAUAAAAAUUAGUAUUAGGUAAUAGUUAUUUUUUUUUUUUUUUGUUAUUUUCAUUUGCAAUAUACCUAAACAUAAUGUAUUCUCAUACUCUGUUUCCUAGUUGUAUCAUGGUACUAUACUAUUUAAUUUAAUAAUUUUUAGAUAAAACACUUAAAAGAGGCAUUUCACAUGCUACUGAUAAUGUAAACAUCGUUUCCCAAGCACGGUCAGAGUUAAUAUAUAUUGAUAGCACUGCAGGUAUUGAAGAUGAAUUACAUAUUGUGGAAACACCUGUUUAUACAUUUAUUUUACCAGAUUUGUCACUAUUAGAAGGUAAAAUUAAAAAUUUAUUAUAUUCUAAUGCAGUGGUGACCAACUACAGCCCGUGGGCCAAAUCCGGCUCAUGAUCAUUUAUUAAUCUGCCUAACAAAAUAUUAAAUCAAAAUUGAAAAAGAAAUUUACUUCAAAUUUCAAAAAUUAACACACACAUUAAAAAAAGAUAUGUUUAUACUUAACAUUUCUUAUUCAUUUAUAACAUCAAUACAUGGUCAAUAAUUAAAUAUAUCACUGUACCAAUAUUAAAAUGUACCUACAGUAAAAUACAAUAUUUAUUAACUUAAAAGUAAAAGUUUAAAUUGUUGGCCAGCUAAGAAUUAUUUUUUUUUUUUAUGGCCCUCUGUAAAAUAAAAGGUUGAUCAUCACUGGUUCUAAUGCAUUAACAUAAGUAAAGAUAUUUCAUAUUUAUUUUUUAGAAAAAUUCCGCAUGUUCAUCGAAAAAGACUUGAUAGCAGUAGCAAUGCAAAGUUCUCUUGAACAAGCUUCGAGAUUAAAUUGGUGGACAGGAUUUUGCCAAAGACUUUGGCCUCUUUCAACAUCUGGCGAUGGAAACUGUCUCUUACACGCUGCUUCAUUAGGUAAGUUGAACCAAUAAUGUAUAAUGUACCAUUAUGUUAUGUAUUAUUUUAAUAUUUAAUGAAUAAAAUAACAUCAAUUUUAAAUUUAGAAUAAUAUUUUGGCAUACACUUUGUAUGCAUUAUUAAUAUUACUUGUAACAAGUAGCUUUUUUUUUUUUUUUUCGGCGGGGGAAUUAAUAUGUAUUAUCCGUUCUCUUGGCUCUUAUGUUUAUAUUCAAAUAGUUUUACAGGAUGUCUUUUAACAUGAAACAGCAAUUUACUCUGAACAUUUUUAGUGAACUUGAUUACUGUUUUUUUUUUAAUCAUUUUUAAUUUUUUACCCCUACUCUAUAUACCUUAAAUAAGUAUAUACAUUUGAUUUUUAAUUAGGAAUUCCUCUUUUUGACCACAUUCGAGUACAGAAUAUUUUUUUAGAAAUUUUGAUAUUCACACUAAUAUUAGAUUUACUAUUUAUGAGUUUUAGACCAGGGGAGUAGAGAAAGAAUGAUUAUAAAUUGAAAACCCUGCUCUACUCCUCCAGUCUAAAAUUUUAUAACUUAUAAUGAUAAAUAUGAUAUUAGUAUUAUGCAUACCAACAUUCUAGGGGUUUGUUUUUUAAAAGUCUAAAGUAGAUAUUCAGUUCAGGUAUAGAGUAGGGUUUAAAAAAAUUUAAAAUAGUAUUAAAAUAAAACUUAAAUAUUUCUAUAACAAAUAAAAACGAAAAAAAAAACCAAAUUGAAAAUUAAAUUAAUUUAAAAUCCCCUGAAAAAAUUUUUAGUUUAUGUUUAAAGAAUCACCAUGUAUCAGUAUCAUUAUAAGGACUUUUAUAGUAAUUUUGUAAAUAUUAAUAUAUAAAAAUAAAAUUAUUUUUAUAUAUAUUUUUUAUUUAUAUAUUUAUUAGGAGUAUUAACCAUUUUAAUAAUUUUGUUUUUACUUUAUUAUUUUAUUAAAUAUUAUAAUAUACACCUUCAGUAUAUAUAUAAUAAUAUCAUCUCGGUGUAAACGAUGUUAACAUUUUAUUAGCAAAUGUGGUUUUAUCAAUUGUUUAAUUCACUCAUAAUAGUAGUUUUUAGAAAAGAAAAUGUAUAAUAUUGACAAUUGACAAUUUUAGCCAAUUUUUAUUUUAUAUUAUUGAAUAAUGUAAAUACAUAAAAAAAAUUUUAACCGAAAGACUAUGGAUCUGAAUUAACCUUAAAAUCACUAUAAUAAAAUACAUUUAUUUUCUUCUCCUAAAUACUCAUAAAUAUCUUUUUAUAUAAGUGUAUUAGUGUAAUAUUUUGUUUAUGAUAUUUUAAUGGAAGUAGUUACAUACUUAUUUUUUUAUUAAAAUUAUAUUUAAUGAAAUUUAAUUGUUACAUGUUCUAGGUAUAUGGGGAUUCCAUGAUCGUUUACUAAAUUUAAGACGAGCUUUAUAUUCAUUUCUCAGCAACGGUCCAGCUCGACAUUCACUUUGGCGACGUUGGCAACGACAACAAACUAUUUUGAACUCUUUAUUUGGCCUUGUAUAUACAGAACAAGAAUGGCGGAGAGAAUGGAAUGCAAUUGUGAACAUGGCUUCCACUGUUCCUCGUAUGAGAAAACAGAGUAUAUCAAGGUUUGUUAUGACUUAAUUUGGAUUUUUCAUUUUUUACUGUAAUUUUUAAAUAAUAGUGGAAAUGGAGAUACUGAAGGAUACAUAUAUGAGAGCCUUGAAGAGAUUCAUGUAUAUGCUUUAGCACAUGUUUUAAAAAGACCUAUUAUUGUCAUAGCUGAUACUAUUCUUAAGGUGUGUUUAUUUACUCUCUUUAAUGUAUAUAAUUAUUAUUUAAAUCAAAAACUGUUAUUAUUUGUAGUGUUGAAAAUUAAUUUUUUAAUCAAUCAAUUUAAUCUAUUCUAUAGGACAUGAAUGGUGAAGCUUUAGCUCCUAUACAGUUUGGUGGUAUUUAUUUGCCAUUGGAGUGUUAUCCGUGUGAUUGCCAUCGUUCUCCAUUACUGUUGGCUUAUGAUGGUGGCCAUUUUUCAGCUUUAGUUGCAAUGGAAACACCAAAUUCUACGCUUUCUUGUAAGUUUUUAAUUUAUUUUUAACAUAUACAUUGUUUCAAGUAAAGUGUAAGUUAAAAAUAUUGAUUUUAGGUGCUAUACCCUUAGUAGAUUCAAAUGGUGAACUUUUACCUAUUCAGUUUCCCAUUGAUCCUGGUGAAAAUGAUCAUUCUCCUGAUAAGAAUCAAGAUCUAACAUUAAUAGAUUCAUUGUCAUUGUUAAAUAGUUACUUGGACAUUGUCAAACUUGAUCCACAAGUAUUUUAAAUUAAAGGCUAAUUAUUUAUUUUAUGCUGAUAAUUGAGUUAUUUGUGUAUUUGUUUUAGGGCAACAAUGAUACAAUUGGUAAAAAUGGCCUUUUUGGUAGUUUAGGACGUUCAAUGGGUAACAAAUUAAAGUCAAAACUGUCCAGAACAAAUUCUGUAAAAAACCUAUCAGCUAUAUCUCAAGCCAAGUAUACAUGCUGUGCACUGAUCAAUGCUGAUAAGAAACAUGAAUAUCAUGAUGUUAUGAUUAAAAACUAUUUAAGGACAGCAGCUGAAAGGUUUCAACAUUCACCUUAUGUAAGUUUCAGAUUUUUUAAAAAUAUAUAUUCAAAAAGCUAACAUUCAAAAAAUGCCAGCUAUUUUACAAAUUACUUUUUACUGGAUUGAUUUUAUAGCAAAAAAAAAAAAAAUUAGAAAAUUUAUUAAUUUUCUAAUACAUUCAAUUCAUAAAAAUUAUAUAUUUGUAAGUGGAUAAAAAUGUUUGAAUAUUCUAGAAUAAUUUAAUUUAAUAUUAAAAUGAUGUUCUUUUUAUUUUAUUUUUUGUAACAUUCAUUAUAAGAUAUAACUGGUUCAACACUAUGCUAUAAAACAUUUCAGGCAGAUACAGCACCUCGCUAUGGAGCCGGAAAAUCACGGUUUUACACCGAGGCUGAUUCAGAGUCUCAUAUUAAAGUGGGCCAAAUGACACCCGUUAAAGCUGCUGUCAAUGAAGAUCCCACAAUGUACCUUUCCAAAUCAACAUUCUAUGACACCAAUUCACAGGUGGAAAAAUGUCGUACAGACGAUUGUGAGUUCUUUGGUUCAGCUGCAACUAAACAUCUAUGUUCAAAAUGUUAUCAGCAGUAUCAGCAGCAAAAACCUGAACCUGCUUGA